UUCCUCCCCGGAGACUUUUCGUUUAUCUAGCUGCCCUAGAGACCGGAGAGCUAGGGAGAGUACGCCCCUUCCCCCUCCCGGCCCGGCAGCCAAGCCUGGCUUAAAACCUUCGCCACCGGGCGGCGGGAUUACAAAGGAGGCCGUCUGCCUCCUUUGUCCUGGAUUUGGGAGUUGAGCGCCUUCGUCGCCAUUGGCCUUCUUCCCCCAGCUCCAGCCUUUCUCAUCUUGGGAAUCUGCGUCAGAAGUCACUCGCAGCCCCGCCAGCCCAGGCAACAACAGGAAGUAAAGCAGGCCAUCAGCAGUUCUGAGAGUUUGCAAAAACAGCUUGCAAGGAAAAUGAAGCUCCCGAUUUUCAUAGCAGAUGCAUUCACAGCAAGAGCAUUUCGUGGGAAUCCAGCUGCUGUUUGCCUCCUAGAAAAUAAAUUGGACGAAGACGUGCAUCAGCAAAUUGCAAGGGAAAUGAACCUCUCUGAAACUGCUUUUAUCAGAAAACUGCACCCAACAGAUAACUUUACGGAAAGUUCCUGCUUCGGACUAAGGUGGUUUACGCCCGCGAGUGAAGUCCCACUCUGUGGCCACGCCACCCUGGCUUCUGCAGCUGUGCUGUUUCACAAGAGAAAAAACGUGAACAGCACUCUAACGUUUGUCACUCUGAGUGGGGAACUAAAAGCCAGAAGAGCAGAGGAUGGUAUUGUCUUGGACUUGCCUCUUUAUCCAGCCCACCCGCAGGACUUCCAUGAAGUAGAGGACUUGAUAAAGACUGCCAUUGGUGACACACUGGUCCAGGACAUCCGCUAUUCUCCAGAUACCCGAAAGCUCCUCGUCCGGCUCAGUGAUACUUAUGACAGGUCAUUUCUGGAGAACCUGAAAGUGAACACGGGGAAUCUGCCGCAAGUUGAAAACACAGGGAAGGUGAAAGGACUCAUUCUCACCCUGAAAGGAGAGCCUGGUGGGCAGACCCAAGCAUUUGACUUUUACUCCAGAUAUUUUGCACCGUGGGUUGGUGUGGCUGAAGACCCUGUAACAGGGUCUGCACACACUGUUCUCAGCAGCUACUGGUCCCAGCAGCUGGGGAAGAGAGAAAUGCGUGCCUUUCAGUGUUCCACCCGGGGAGGAGAGCUGGAGAUUUCACUGCGUCCAGACGGCCGAGUCGACAUCAGGGGAGGUGCUGCUGUUGUUGUAGAGGGCACGCUGACAGCCUAGGGAUGCUCGUGCUGUGAUGCUGUCUCUAACCACCACGUGUUUUCUGCAUAAAUGGAAAUGUGAGGGGCUGCCUUCAGCAAACUUGCAUAGUAGUCCACUUAAUCCUCAUGGUAAAAAUACAAAAAUGUCCCAAGAUCUGCAGUUGGCAAAGAAAGAAAAGAAGGAAAGAAAAAAAGGAAGGAAGGAAGGAAGGAAGGAAGAAAAAUGAAGCCAUGGUAAUGGAGAUUUAAUAAUGCUAAUGAACUAAUGGAGUUUUGGCUCCACCCAUGAAUAUAUUUGAAAUUUAAGUAACCAGCAACAAACAAUAAUGUUGUCAUUUCAUUGAUUAUGACUAUCAAUUAGAGAAGGAGGAAUAUGUUUAUGAGGAGUGAGAUUAAACCAUUUAAACUUAGGUUUGAGUACCUGAUAGAAUAUUUUGCAGCCAUUAUAAAAGACCCAAUAACUAUGUGGAAAUAUAGAAAAAUAUUUCAUGAUAUAAUACUAAGAAAUAAAAGUACAGUGUGCCAUAAAACCUUAGCAAUGCCAUUCUGUGUCUAUGGAGCGUAUGAAUAGAUAGACACAGACAACUAUGGGCCACGAAGAUACCAAAGUGAGAGCAAUUCAUUUGUGAGGGCAAAGAUGGGAAGUCAUUUUAAUGUAUCUAAAAAAUUAUUGCCUUUGUUGCUGCACUCAUGUACAAUAACUAAAAAUCAGGACAAAACCCAGAAAAUUAAAACAAAGCAGUGUUUAUUAAGCUAAUUCCGUGGCAAUAAAAUUAAACACUCAAACUAAUGUAAUCUCUUAAUCUUCUUCUUGAUAUGUGACUGUAGAGUGAUAACCUAAAAGGAAUUCUUCUCUUACCUUAAUAAAAUGAGUUUUAACAUAACUUUAAAUUCAGUUAAAUCUGUAAUAUUGAGUACCUAUAGUUGACUUUGGCAUGGGGACUUUGUCAAGUCUUUGAGAGUGUUUGUGUAAGGUGGUGUCAUUGAUGGCAAUUCUCAGCCACCUCAAAAACUGCAAGCUGAUAAGUUAGAAAUUCCUGUAGUGUCUCAAAUUUUUCAACUUAAUUGCUACCACGUUUCCUAUUUUUAUUUCUUUUCAUUAAAUCACGUAAGAGUGAAUUUAUGAUAGCAGCGAUCUUGUGUUUCCCCUGAUUUGCAAUAAAGUCAAUAAUUCACCAGC